AUGGUCCUGGUGCUGCAGCACAUCCUCAUUGCCGUUGUCCAAUUCCUCAGGCGGGGCCAGCAGGUCUUCCUGAAGCCGGACGAAGAGCCGCCACCGCCGCCGCCGCCGCCGCAGCAGCCUUGCGCCGACACCCUGCAGGAAGCCCUGCUGAGUUUGGGCUCUGUCAUUGAUGUCUCUAGUCUUCACGAUGUCAUCAAAGAAGCCAUCUCUGCUGUGCUCCCCAAAGUGGAAACUGUCUACACUUACCUGCUUGAUGGAGAAUCCCAGCUGGUGUGUACAGACCCCCCACAUGAUCUACCCCAGGAGGGGAAAGUUCGAGAUGCCGUCCAGGCCUGGGAGCGGCUGAGCUGCAGUGGGCUGGGCCCCUCAGACUUGCCAGAGAAAGCAUUGACGGGGCUGACUGCCCCGCUGGCUGCUGACAGACAAGUGCUGGUAGUCCCAUUGGUGGACAAGGAAGCUGGAGGCGUUGUGGCCACCAUCCUGGUACACUGUGCACAACUCAGUGAAGGGGAUGAGCAGAGCCUUCAGGCCAUAGAGAAGCACACGCUAGUGGCCCUGAAGAGGCUUCGGACCCUGCAGCAGCGUCAGCCCCGACCCCAGACAGUGCCAGAGCCCUCUUCCCCGCCCACCUCGCUGGCCCGGCCAGAUGGGGCCGUGCCUAUUGGGACAGGUGGCUACAGCGACCUGGACAGUCGGAUUCUGCAGUUGUGUGGGGAACUCUAUGACCUGGAUGCCUCUUCCCUUCAGCUCAAAGUACUCCAUUAUUUGCAGCAGGAGACUGAGUCCUCAACCUGCUGCCUCCUCCUUGUUUCAGAGGAUAACCUUCAGCUCUCCUGCCAGGUCAUCGGAGACAAAGUGCUUGGAGAAGAAGUCAGUUUUCCAAUGACAGUGGGGUGCCUGGGCCAAGUGGUGAAGAACAAGGAAUCCAUCACACUGAAGGACCUUACAUCAGGAGAGGUGACACAGCUGCAGAGCCUCGUGGGAUGUGAGCUGCAGUCCAUGCUCUGUGUCCCUGUCAUCAGCCGGGCUACAAAUCAGGUGGUGGCCUUAGCCUGCGCUUUCAACAAGCAGGGAGGAGAGACGUACACAGACUGGGAUGAGCACAAGAUACUCCACUGUUUCUGCUACACAGCUACCGUCCUUACCAGCACCCUGGCCUUCCAGAAAGAACAGAAGCUCAAGUGUGAGUGCCAGGCUCUUCUCCAAGUGGCAAAGAACCUCUUCACACACUUGGAUGAUGUCUCUGUCCUGCUCCAAGAAAUCAUCACAGAAGCCCGGAACCUCAGCAAUGCCGAGAUCUGCUCCGUGUUCCUCUUGGAUCAGAAUGAGCUGGUGGCCAAGGUGUUUGAUGGUGGUGUUGUGGAUGAUGAGACCUAUGAGAUACGAAUCCCUGCAGACCAGGGGAUUGCAGGUCACGUGGCCACCACGGGUCAGAUCCUGAACAUCCCGGAUGCCUAUGCACAUCCCCUGUUCUACCGAGGUGUGGACGACAGCACAGGCUUCCGCACACGCAACAUCCUGUGCUUCCCCAUCAAGAACGAAAACCAAGAGGUCAUCGGUGUGGCUGAGCUGGUGAACAAGAUCAAUGGCCCUUGGUUCAGCAAGUUUGAUGAGGACCUGGCCACAGCCUUUUCCAUCUACUGCGGCAUCAGCAUCGCUCAUUCUCUUCUAUACAAGAAAGUGAAUGAAGCCCAGUAUCGGAGCCACUUGGCCAAUGAGAUGAUGAUGUAUCACAUGAAGGUCUCAGAUGAUGAAUAUGACAAACUCCUCGGAGGUGGGAUCCAGCCGGUCUCAGCCAUUGACUCCAACUUUGCCAGCUUCACCUACACCCCACGCUCUCUUCCUGAGGAUGAUACCUCCAUGGCCAUCCUGAGUAUGCUCCAGGACAUGAACUUUAUCAACAACUACAAGAUUGACCGACAGACACUGGUCCGGUUCUGCCUGAUGGUGAAGAAGGGCUACCGAGACCCCCCCUAUCAUAACUGGAUGCACGCCUUCUCCGUCUCCCACUUUUGCUACCUGCUCUGUAAGAACCUGGAGCUGUCCAAAUAUCUGGAUGACAUCGAGAUCUUUGCCUUGUUCGUCUCCUGUAUGUGCCAUGACCUGGACCACAGAGGCACCAACAACUCCUUCCAGGUGGCUUCGAAAUCCGUGCUGGCCGCGUUGUACAGCUCUGAAGGCUCCGUCAUGGAGAGACACCACUUUGCUCAGGCGAUUGCCAUCCUCAACACCCAAGGUUGCAACAUCUUUGAUCACUUCUCCCGCAAGGACUACCAGCGGAUGCUGGAUCUGAUGAGAGACAUUAUCUUGGCUACUGACCUAGCCCACCAUCUGCGCAUCUUCAAAGACCUUCAGAAGAUGGCUGAAGUGGGUUAUGACCCAAAGAAUAAACAACACCACAGCCUUCUGCUCUGCCUGCUCAUGACCUCCUGUGACCUCUCAGACCAGACCAAGGGCUGGAAGACCACGCGGAAGAUUGCAGAGCUGAUCUACAAGGAGUUCUUCUCACAGGGAGACCUGGAGAAGGCCAUGGGUAACCGGCCCAUGGAGAUGAUGGACCGAGAGAAGGCUUAUAUCCCUGAGCUCCAGAUCAGCUUCAUGGAGCACAUUGCCAUGCCAAUCUACAAGCUGCUGCAGGAGUUGUUUCCCAGAGCUGCGGAACUGUAUGAGCGAGUGGCCACCAAUCGGGAACAGUGGACCAAGGUGUCACAUAAGUUCACUAUUCGAGGCCUGCCCAGCAACAACUCUCUGGACUUCCUGGAUGAGGAAUAUGACAUUCAGGAGCCGAGUGAUGAUGGUGACAAGGUCAAUGGGUGCUGCAAGUUGGAUGCGGAAGAGUGAGACUCUCCCCUUCCCUGUGGGAGCAGGGAAGGGAGGAGCAAGAGAAAGGACAUUCCUGCCUCCCCUCCCCCUUCCCCCCCAACCCAGAGACCCCUUUUUAAAAUUCGUCCUUAGCUUCUGGCUUGGACGAUCAUGUUUAUUUAAAAUAUUCUAGAUGCCGUCUCCUCUGCCCCCACCCCCAGCCAGGAACUGAGGGGACCUUGGGGGCGACAUGGCAUCAGCGCUUGGUAUCCCUCUCUCUGGGGGAGUCUUGGAUCCCAUUUUCCCCUCUGGCUGGAUCUUUCUCCAGACUCACUCACAAUUCACCUUAUCCCUCGGGGCAGCCUGGGUGAUUUCUCCAAACAUUACCUGAUUAGUUCUAUUGGCUUGGGGCCCCUCCUGGAUCUCUGGGGAUUUGAGAGGGAGUGCUGUGGUCAUUACGGAUCUGACCUUGCAAGGGCUGAGUGAGCCAUGGUGGAGGGGUGAGGAGUCAGGAAAAGAAGAGGAAGGAAUCAAGUUUAUUAUCGACUUGGGAGGUGUCAGGGAAAAAUCAGGAGGAUGGAGCCGAUCCUCCAGUCCAGCUCCCUUAUUUUAUGGAAGAGGAAACGGAGGUUCAGAGUGGGGAAGGAACUUGUCCAAAAGUCACAAGGUGGUUAAGUGGCAGAAUUGGGAUUUGAACCCAGGUCCCCUGAUUCUCAGGUCCAGGUUCUUUCUGCUGUACCAUGCUUUGUCCCAUACAUGGGAUGACUAGCACGAAUGCUAUAGAGCUUAGUGCUCUGAGGGUUACAGAGCACUUUCGGCACCACCACCCUAUGAGGCAGGUAGUGCAAGUACAAUUAUCCCCUUUCUAUAGAUGAAGAGACUGAGGCCCAUCAAAGUUAAGUGACUUGCCCAGGGCUCCUCAGCAAGUAAAUACCAGAGGGAGGAUCUGAGCCCAGAUUUCUCCUGACUCUGAGUUUCCAGGGCACCAUACUUCCUCUUGUGAAGACAGGGUAUGGGGUCUCAGACCUCCUCCUCCACUCAUCCUUAGUCAUGUCUUUUGAUAGCUCUGACGCUGCUCUACCAAGGCAGCUCUCUGAACUUGCGCCCUGCCCCAAAGUUCAGGGGAGAAGCCCAGCCAUCCCCAAGGAGGAGGCCAGUAGCUCCUUCCACCCCCCAGGCUCAGGGUGUGAAAGCAGAGCCAGCCCAUUCCCCACUGCCCAGGGAAAACAAGGGAGGCAAUUUGUCAUGGCUAGUACAAAUUGGAGUGGAGGAUUGAGAGCCCUCCUUCUCCUCUCUGCUCCCCCUCCAAAGGGCUUUCAACUGGGCAGCAGCCAGAGAGACAAUGUGAUUUCUAAUAGUGGGAAGGACGUUGGAUGGGGAGUGAAGUGAUGGAUUCUAUCAUUGACUGGCUGCCCGGCCUUGCCUCUCUGGGUUUCAUAGGAUCAUGGGAUCGUAGAUUUAGAGGCAGAUGCUUCCUUAUCUAUAAAAUGAGGUAGUGGUGGGUGGGAAGAGGACUGGACUUGGUGACCUCCAAGGUUAUGGCCACAUUUCUGUGGCCUUGUGGAGACCCAGGAGUGAGGCCUCAUCACACUUUGACAACUUUCCCAGAGAGAGCCACAGGCCCUAGUGGAUCCCGGGGACCAGGGCACAUCCCCAUCACACCAGGACUUCUUAGACUUCUAAGUACAGGCCCCGGCCAGUGAGCAGCAGCCCUGGGCCCUCUGACCCCUCUCCACUUCCAUCCCCCGGACAAAUCAUCAGCUUCUCAGGCUUGGGAUCUCCAUCCCUUUCUUGCAGCCAUCCAGAGAGAGGGACCCAGUCCUUGAGCCCCUCUGGGCCUUGCUGCAUAUCUGUGGCUUCAGCCACAGCUGGGACUGGACUCUCCUCUAUCCUGAAGGCCAUAUACACCCCCUUCCCCCUCCCCCUCUGGCCACUGCCCAAGGUCUUGGGGAGAUGCCAUAGGAAACAAGGAUUCGGCACUCCUGUCCCUAUCCCGUUUCUCUCUUUUUCUGUCUUGUCUCUGUCAGUGUCUCUGAGUGGGUGUUGUUUGGGCUGGGGCAGAG